AAUCCGCCGUUACAAACGUCCUAAAUGGCCACAAAAAAAGAAAAUAUGCAUACACGCUUAGACCUGCACUUGUGAUUCUGCGCAUGUGCAGUGACCUAAGCGAAAGGGCGGGGGUGUGGUCUGAGCGUGGGGAUCGCGCCUGCGCUCGGCUCGCUUGGUGCGGCUGGUACCGCUGCCGGGAGUCACUUGGAGUAUGUCGGCCCCCUUUGAGGAACGUAGUGGGGUGGUUCCUUGCGGAACGCCGUGGGGCCAGUGGUACCAGACUCUGGAGGAGGUGUUCAUUGAAGUUCAAGUGCCUCCAGGCACUCGUGCGCAGGAUAUCCAGUGCGGCCUGCAAAGCCGGCAUGUGGCGCUGGCCGUGGGUGGCCGCGAGAUUCUCAAGGGCAAACUCUUCGAUUCUACGAUAGCUGAUGAGGGAACAUGGACUUUGGAGGACAGAAAAAUGGUCCGGAUUGUUCUUACAAAAACAAAGAGAGAUGCAGCAAAUUGUUGGACUUCUUUACUAGAAUCUGAAUAUGCAGCUGAUCCGUGGGUACAAGAUCAAAUGCAGAGAAAGCUGACAUUAGAGAGAUUCCAGAAAGAAAAUCCUGGUUUUGACUUCAGUGGAGCAGAAAUCUCAGGAAACUACACUAAAGGUGGACCAGAUUUCUCAAACCUUGAGAAAUAACUGCUGUUUUUGUUUUUUGUUUUUUGUUUUUUGUUUUUUUCUGCAUUUCUUGGAUUCUAGCAGAAGUUGCCAGCUUAAUCAAAGGAACAGAUAUGUGGUAGAAGAAAAUGUGGAUGCCUUUAGUUAACAAAUUGCAGAAUAUAUUUAAGUGUGGUUCUAAAAAUUGUAUUCAAAUAUGAUUUACAUAGGAAACAUACUAUGGGGACUAUUCUCUGGAUAUAUGGUGACCUUUUUUUGGACUUAUUUUUGCUCAGCAUGAAGUUUUAUAUGCUGCAGUUUACUAAUUUCAUAUUUAACCGUAUUUUUAAUACAAAAAAAAUUAGAGUGUAGAUCAUGUGGAAUGAAAGGGUGCCUUCAGGAAAAAAUAAGUUUUUCUUUUGAUAAGUGUAUUGUGGGAAUAAUGUUCAAUAAACUUUUCUAAAUAGCAAUCAUGUACCCCUUUAUCUAUACCAAUGUGCACAAAGAAGUUACAAUGACAAAAUUUUUACGAAAGGAAAAUUCCACAAAGGUAUUUUGACUAAUUCAAUUUUAAGAGUUAAUACAAAUUUUGUAAUUGUUAUAUUAUUCCUUUAGGAAUUUUUUUAUGUCAGGAAAUUGAAAAAUAUUUAAAAACCUAAAAAUUAGGAGUAAAUUAAUAUACAAGAAAAGCAGCUAAGUGAAUAUAGUUAUUGAGUGAGCUCUUGUUAGCAGCAGAAGGCAAACUAAGAUCACUGAUUUCGGUGGUAUCAUUUUGAACAGACAUGGGUCAGAAUUUAUUGAAAUUUUAUUUUAUCUUUUCUUUGUCCUUUUUAAUUCAUAAAAGUUUUAAAUAAUCUGAAAUGCAUAGAAAAGAUAAAGUACACAGAAUUUUGUUCUUUCCAAAUCAUUUGUGAAUAAAGAUACCGAUACCUAUCACCUAAGAACUUUAAUUUAUAUUUGCUUCAAAGAAGGACAUUCUCUUUCAUAAUUACAAUGCAACCAUUAAAAUCAGAAAGUUUAUAUUGAUACAUUAUUCCCAUUUGAAUCAUAGAACUUCAUAUCUUUCAGGUUGAAUUGAUUGUCUCAGUGAUGUUCUUUAGAGCAAGAGGAUUAAGUCAAAAUCAUGCCUUGCCUUUGGAGGUUAGGUUUCCUCAUUCUACCUCAGUCUGGAACAAAUUCUCACUUUUACUUUCAUAAUCUUGGCACUUUUGAAGGUUGGAGGUAGUUUGGUAGACAUCUCUUAUUUUGUUGAUUUUUUUUUUUUUUUUUUUUUAGUAUUUCUUCAUGAUUAAACUCACAAUGUACCUUUAGCAGAAAUGUUCCCAAGUGAUGAUGUGUACUUACUGAGUCCUUAUCAUAGAAUAAUAAUUUCAGUGUCCUAUAUUCUGAUGGUAUUACUUACAUGACUGAUUAAGGUAGUGGACGUCAGACUUCACUAUAAGGUUUUUUUUUAUGAUUAUAGUUACAUUGUGAGAAAAAAGUUUCAAAGUAGAUCUUGAUUCUCAUCAAACUCAACCUGUAGCCAUAUAGACUCAUGAUUUUCUUUUUUAUUUAAUUUGUUAAAAAUCUGUUGUUCUCAUUAACUUGGAUGCUCAAAAUUUUACAUUCGGCCGGUGGAAGACCAUUUAUUUGUUUUUAGAGGUUUUUGCUGUAGGGCGCAUGUUCUCACCAGAAAGACAGAGAGAGACAGAAAGCAAGAAC